GGUAGCGGUCGGUCCGUCCGUCUGUCGGUCCAGCAGCUGUGCCGGUGCUGGCGCGCGAAGGCUGCUGGGAGGCCGUGGAGCCCUGGGCAGCGCGAUGGCGCCGGCGGUGGCUCGCGGAGCGCUCCCGGGCUGGGUCUCCGUGCUGGCUUGGGGCCUGGCGCUGUGGUGCCUGUGCGGGGCGGUCCCGCUGUGGAGUGGCGGCCACGAGUGGAAGAAACUAAUUAUGACCCAGCACUGGCCCCCCACAGUGUGCAAGGAAGUUAACAGCUGCCGAGACACUCUGGAUUAUUGGACGAUACAUGGACUAUGGCCUGAUAGAGCAGAAGACUGCAACCCGUCCUGGCAGUUCCACUUAUACGAGAUUAAGGACCUUUUGCGAGACAUGAAGAUCUACUGGCCCGAUGUAAUUCACCCAUCUUCCAAUCGCAGCCAGUUCUGGAAACAUGAGUGGGAUAAACAUGGCACGUGUGCUGCCCAGGUGGAUGCCCUCAAUUCCGAGAAGAAAUACUUUGGGAAGAGCCUGGAUCUGUACAAGCAGCUUGACCUCAACAGUGUACUGCUAAAGUUUGGGAUCAAGCCAUCUAUCAAUUACUACCAGCUUGCAGAUUUCAGAGAUGCACUCACCAGAAUCUACGGCGUGGUGCCUAAAAUCCAGUGCCUUCUGCCGGAACAGGGGGAGGAGGUACAGACACUUGGUCAGAUAGAGUUGUGCUUCACCAAGGAGGACUUCCAUCUGCGAAACUGCACAGAGCCAGGUGAGCAGCUGUCCUCCAAGCAGGAAGCCCAGCUGGCCACGGGGGCUUCGAAACGUGAGAUGAUGGUCUGUGAAGAUGGUCCAAUCUUCUAUCCUCCACCUGCAAAGACCCAACGCUGAUGCUCACAUUUUGGAAGUAUUUUAUGUUCCACAAAGUAAGAAAAAGUCACAAGUUACUGCUUUCUAAAAAUCCACUCAAAGGU